AUGACCAGGUGGGGUGGCCACCCCCAAAAGGACAGGCAACCCGUGACGCAUCAACAACAAAUCCUUGGUUUUGAUCUGUUCAAUUCUGGGGAGGCUAAACCGUAUUAUCAACUAUUAACUAUUCUUCUCACUUUGCCUUGCUUUACUGCGUUGCUGUGGUACAUCCGCCUGGGGUACCUGAUGCAGGCGACAAGUAAUCGCGGAAAAUUGUACUCCAUGGUACGAAGUAGGAUUUUCCUGGUCACCGUCAACUUUGCUUGGCUGAAGCCCCUCUUGGAUCGUACUACUGGUAACUACCUUCUUACGCUGUUAUUAGAUGGAAACUCAACACCGCCACCAUAUUGA